UUUGACAGGCGCAUUUGACAAAUAAAAUAACCUCAAAAUUUCAUUGCAUCUGUUUUUGUAAAUACUCUUUUUUUACUACAUUAUUAUGUUAAAUUAGCUUUUUAAUAUAACUAUGGAAGUAGAAGGUCAUCCAGGUCUUAUAAAAACAAUAGCAGAUGACGAAGAAAUUGAAGAUUUUUCCGAAGAGUCAGACGAAGAAAUUGAGUAUCAACCAUCGAAGCAAAAAGUAAAGAAGAAAGCUGAUUUUAAUCCCAAUUUCCAGUUUGUGGGUUCAGUAGAAGAGUACAAUAAGAACACCUGGGAUGAUCUGCAGAAAUAUGUACGUAGGAAUGUCAAACAAACCUUGGACGAGAAGAUAGAGAAACGAAGGGCGCAGGUGAAGGUGAAUGGGAACUCUGUGGAUGUUGACACUGAUUCCGAUGUUGAUGAGAAAGAUGAAGACGUUGAUGAGCUACAAAUAUCCGACGAUGAACUCAAGAAGGAUGAAAUUAAAACAAAGGACAAGAAACUCACUAAGAAACAGAAGUUGAAACAGGAAAUGAAGGAACUAGACGCGGAGCAAGGGACUCGCAUCGAAUACGAUUCUGAUUUCUUCGAGGAGCCACCUCCAUACGACGAGCAGGCUUCCUUCCACAUGAUGAAUCUCUCACGUCCUCUGCUCAAGGCGAUCUCAGCACUGAAUUAUGUCCACCCCACGCCUAUACAGGCGGCGACUAUACCCGUUGCCCUACUUGGCAAGGACGUGUGCGCGUGCGCAGCGACCGGUACGGGCAAGACGGCGGCGUACAUGCUGCCCAUACUGGAGCGGCUCCUGUACCGCGCCAGCGGUGACCGCAUCACCAGGGUACUCAUCUUAGUGCCCACUAGAGAACUCGGCGCACAGGUGCAUGGUGUGACUAGACAAUUGACACAGUUCACAACGGUCACCGUGGGACUGUCGGUGGGCGGUCUUGACGUCAAAUACCAGGAGAGCGUAUUGCGUCGGAACCCCGACGUUGUGAUAGCGACCCCCGGCCGUCUGAUCGAUCAUAUACGGAACACACCAUCGUUUAGCCUCCACUCCAUUGAAGUGUUGGUGUUGGAUGAAGCUGACAGAAUGCUGGACGAGUAUUUCGCUGAGCAAAUGAAGGAGAUUAUCAAGCAGUGCUCACCGAAGCGGCAGACCAUGCUGUUCUCGGCCACCAUGAGCGACGAGGUCAAGGACCUCGCCGCCGUGUCGCUCAACAAGCCGGUCAAGUUGUUCGUCGACUCCAACAAAGACGUCGCUUUCAAUUUGAGACAGGAGUUUGUUAGGAUACGGAGAGAGCGUGAGAGCGACCGUGAGGCCAUACUGGCGGCGCUGGUGUGCCGCACGUUCAGGGAUCGCGCCGUCAUCUUCGUGCAGACCAAGAAACAGGCGCACAGGCUGCACGUGGCACUGGGACUCCUUGGCGUAAAGGUGGCGGAGCUGCACGGCGCGCUGACACAGCCGCAGCGGCUGGACUCGCUGCGCCGCUUCAAGGACGAGCUGGCCGACGUGCUGGUCGCCACCGACGUGGCCGCGCGCGGGCUCGACAUACCCGGCGUCAGGACCGUGCUCAACUUCACGCUGCCCGCCACCAUCGAACAUUACAUACAUAGAGUGGGAAGAACCGCUCGGGCGGGUCGCGCUGGCGUGUCGGUGUCGCUGGCGGGCGAGGCGGAGCGAGGUCUGGUGAAGGCCAUCGUGAAGCGCGCGCGGCGGCCCGUCAAGUCGCGACAGGUGCCGCCCGACAUCGUCGCCAAGUACAGGGACCGGCUGGCUAGGCUCGAGCCCGACAUUGCUGCAAUACUUGAUGAAGAAUAUGCGGAUAAGCAACUGAAGAAAAUGGAGAAGCAAACUGCCAAGUUAGAAGGCACACUAAAGAAGGAGGAAGGUCAGGAUGGCCCCAAGUAUGAAACGAAGAGGCAGCACGAAUGGUUCCAGACUAAUAAAGAGAAAAGAGAAGAAAAGGAGAGACUAGCUCUUUCUCAGCAUCAGGGGAAAGAUAAACAACAAAAAGGCAAAGGCAAGAAACGUAAACAUGACUCUGACGAUGAUUCGGACGACGGAGGCAGCGGCAAGAAACGAAAGAAGAAUACCAAGCAAAAGCCGAAAGACACGCCCGAGGAACGUGUUAGAAGAGAGAUGGAAAAGGUGGCCCUUCUCCAAUCAAGAAUGGCGAAACGGAAGAAGAAACAACGUCGUAUCCGCACCGUUGACGACGAUGAUGACAGACCACAAAUUCCACAGAAAAAAUCAUUUAAGAACAAAAAUAAAAAGCAGAAUAACUUCGCCAAUGACCUAACAGAUACAUCUCAAAAAGCCGCCAAAAGACUACGUUACGAUGCGAAUAAGGUUCAGAAAGGAAAGGGAUUGCACCAAAAAGGCAAAGGACAAUCCUCUAAAGGGAAAGGAACACCCCAAAAAGGUAAAGGAUUCGCAAAAGGAAAAAAUAAGACAUUCGGCAAACCUCAAGCGCCAAAACAGGGACGAAGACAAAACAAAUAAAAUUUACCUUUGUA